UUUUUUUUUACAUUGCUAGAUAGUGAUUAGUUUGGCAUGAUUCGUGGGCGACACUUUUUAUCCUCUUGUACAAGAUGGAUGCCCACCUCUUCGUCUUUUUUUACACCUCUUCGUCCUUCUAUUCGUACAUCCUUUAAUCACUCUUUACGACAAGUCAGCACCUUACCUCAACGUCCGUCCAAUAAGUAUCGAAAGCUAGGCUAUACAGCUAUGGUAGCAGCAGCAACAACAACGACUUUAUAUUAUACCAAUGAAGAUUGUCGACAUGUGAUAACCGCUUUUGAACGAUGUGGAGUGGCAGGAAAAGUGGGUGUACUUGUGGCACUUGAUUACAAGAUGACAUUAUCGAAACAUUACGAUUCUGAAGAAGCCAGUGUGGAAGCACGCAAACAAUGUCAUUUACGCUGUGCUCAUCGAGUAUUAACGGCAUUACAGCAACUCGGUGGGAUCUAUGUCAAGUUGGGUCAACAUGUGUCAGCGAUGGUGUAUCUUUUACCAGUAGAAUGGACUUCGACGAUGGCAGUUUUACAAGAUCGAUGUGAUCCUACACAACCGGAAGACAUUCGACAACUUUUUCUAACAGAUUAUGGGCAACCUAUCGAAGCUGUGUUUGAUGAUUUUGAUUGGACUCCUAUUGGUGUGGCUUCUUUGGCCCAGGUGCACAAGGCUCGAUUGAAAUCCACGGGGGAAUGGGUAGCGGUGAAAUUGCAACACCCAAACUUGGAUGAUUUUUGUCGUAUUGAUAUGCAAACAGUAUCGGUGAUCUUUGACUGUAUUUACUACUUUUUCCCUGAUUUUGGUUUUGGUUGGUUGGUGGAAGAAAUGAAAGAAUCUUUACCUCAAGAAAUGAAUUUUGCUCAUGAAGCCAACAAUGCUCGUCAAGUUGCUGCCAAUUUUGUUGAUGACAAGACCACAGCCUUGGUCAUCCCUGCUACCUUGUGGGCUCUUCGACGAAUCAUGUGUAUGGAAUUUAUUGAAGGAGCUCGUAUUGAUGAUUUAGAAUAUAUGAAGCAACAUGGUAUUGAUCCUCGAGCUGUAUCUUCAGAAUUAACAAGAAUAUUUUCAGAAAUGAUCUUUUUACAUGGUUUUGUCCAUUGUGAUCCUCAUCCUGGUAAUGUGAUUAUUCGACCUUCAACAAAGAAACAUGGACAUAAUUUUGAUCUAGUAUUACUUGAUCAUGGAUUAUAUCGUACAUUACCUGAUCAAUUACGUUCGGACUAUGCUCAUUUAUGGACAUCAUUGAUCAGUGGGGAUGAAGAAGGAAUUCGAAUUUAUGCUCAUCGUGUAGGUGGUACGGAUGGAUAUCAAUUGUUUGCCAGUAUGCUGACAGGACGUGAAUGGGCCAAGAUCAACAAUGCAGAUUUGAAUUCGAUACGAGAACAAGAAGAAUUAGGACGCAUGACUGAAGGUGCACUGACAUUUUUGGUGGAAGUGGCGGAUAUUUUGGGCAAGAUGCCUCGAACGGUAUUACUUUUACUCAAGACAAACGAUCUUUUACGACAUGUGGAUGAACAAUUGAAUGUGGUACCUGAUGAAAGGAUUACAUAUGUGAUUAUGGGACAAUAUUGUUCCAAGGCGGCCUGGUUGGAUACACGAUCUUAUUUGAUUCAACAAUUAAAAGAGAUUGGUUGGCAUUGGUAUUUGAUGAAAUCUCUCUUGAGUGCUUGGUGGCAUUAUCAGAAAUUGGAAUACUCUCUUUGGUUUUAUCAAUUAGCUACUGUAGUAGUGGAUGAUAUUCGUACUCUUUGUAUCAAAUGGUUUCCCUUGUAUUAGAUUAGAAUUAUUAGAAUGAUAUAUAGAAAAAAAACUUUUUUUUUAUUACAACACUUUUAUAAAAAGCUCUUUUUUAUUAC